AGUAUCUAUGUUUAAGCAGUUACUACUAGCGUCUGUUUGAUGAGUAAAGAAUCGUCUUGUCCUGCUUUGGAUGCGAUCCGGUCAGUAGAGUCGUCGUAGACGUAAUAGAAAUAUGAAAGUUGAAAAAUGUUGACCAAGAAGGGAACGUUCGUGCAUCAGGAACCAAAAUUGGACGUUUUCAAGCCUCGUCCGCGCACCGCUGUCCCCAAAGAAAGGAGUAGUUGCAGUUCCACUUCCAAGAACGACAACGAUACGAAAAAUGCUUUGGCGGUUGGACAACACGCCGAUGGCAACAAAGGGAGAUUGCAUCUUCAAGGCGGCGGCGGGUCAGCAUCGGCUGCAUCGUCGUCUUCUAGGCCAGCCCAGGCGACGCUCAGCAAGCCACAGCAUAAUCACCUGCAAAAGGAAAAGCUUAAAACAACAACAACCACAGCAGUAAGUAGUACUUCAAGUACCAGUUGUAUCGCAAAAGCGCAGAAAUUGGAAUUGUUGUUGAGUCGUGGGUUUCGCACCUUACCAUUAGGGUACUGGCAAUUUGUUGGCACUUCACUCCGAAGCAUUGGGAGCCAUGAGAAGUUUUACGUUAAUCGUGAGAUGGGGC